AUGAGCAUGAAUCUAUCCGCCAAACUGGAUGACCUGCAACGAGGGGACCGUCAGUUGGAGACGACGGUGGCGCUCUGCGAGAUCCGCACGCAGCUCCAGGAGUUGACCAAGAGCGUCGAGUCAUGCCAGAGUGAGGUCUCCGAGGUGAAACGUGACAUGGUCGCCAUCAAGCAAGAGUUGGACACGGUGCAGCAAGUGAAGGAAGAAAUCGAAGAGUUGCGUGAAUACGUCGACCGGCUCGAGGAACACUCCCAGCGAAGGAAACUCAGACUGCUUGAACAGGUUCAAGACAUCAGAAGAGCAGCAAAGUACGCCACUACUAGUUGCCUGAAAGUAGACCCACCAGCAGUAAGUGAGGUCAUGAUGUUCUACACAUAUAGUAGAUGCAAGACAUCGUGUAGAAUACACAAGGUUCCAAAGCCGAAGACAGUUCGCAAAAGCUGUUUUCCGUUGAAGGGCCUUACCUUCUUCCUGUCGUACGCAAUCCUCGCUGCGGUCCUGGGAAUGCUGCAGUUCGGGUACAACACUGGUGUCAUCAACGCUCCUGGCAAGUGGUCAAAUGGCGUUAACAAAAAUGUUUUCUUUGCUCCAUAUCAGAACAUCGCAAACUUCAUGAAGGAUGUGUACAAGAACCGGUAUGGCAUGGAUCUCCAAGACGACACCGUGAACAGGCUUUACUCUAUAGCAGUCAGUAUCUUUGCUAUUGGUGGCAUGCUGGGCGGAUUCUCGGGCGGUAUGAUCGCAAACAGGUUCGGAAGUGUGAAGGACAGUAUGUCACUCCAUAUGACAAAAGCAUUGGAUAUCGUGCCUCAAACUAAAUCAAUGCAAAAAUGUAUCUAA